UCUGCGAGUGAAAUAGGCUUUUUACUACAUCAAACACAGAAAAUUUUCUCUUCCGAGAGGUGUAUAAAUGUAUGAAACGUUACCUGAAAAUUAUACGAUAUAAACAGAAACACGAGGUUUGCUGACUCACCGAGUCUGACAGGUGGCGGACCAAUGAGGAGGAACAGCGGGUGGAGUCAGCCUUUCUCUCUGCCUCACACUUUGGGAACUCUUAUGAAUAUUUAAACACAUUUACUUUAGAGUAAUAGAAAAAAACAACAAAAAUCUGAGGCUUCAUUGAGCAUAAAUUGAAAGUUACGUAUGUGGGAACAUAGCAAUAUAUUGGCAUGUGUAAAUACUACAAACAUUUAAAUUCUGUUCACGAUAUAGUGACUUUUAAAUUUCUGGGUGUCUUCUGACCAAGAAGAUCUUUGCCAGGUGUCCACGGUGUAAGGCCUACUUGAAACCUCGAGUGUUUUGGGAUUCUAUUCUCUCCUAAGAAUGACACUGACUAACUGCUCAAGUGACCUCCCUGGAUGAAGAUUUUUUUUUCUAUCUCUCUAUUCUGGACUCACGUCAGCUUACGCGAAAGCGGUAUAAAGCUUGCGAAGUUGCGAGGAAACAUCGAACAUCAUGCAAAAUAGUAAAAUAAACGAGACGAAUUCCAGAUAACACAGUGAAAGCUGGUGACAUUUUGUAUGCAUUUUCUAUUUAUUAAUGAGGAUAAGAAUGAAUGGAUUCUUUCAGCCUUCGUCCACAAGAAAGAGUGUGAUUUUUAUGUGCUGGUUUCUCAUACUGUGUGAGUGUGUUCCCGUUGCUUGCAAAAAGCACGGAAGUCGGAAAGCCGUUCCACAAUCGUCAAACCAAACUGAAGUUAUUCAAAGGCUGUCGAACUUUUUUGGAAUUGACAGAAUACCGGGAAGGAUUUUUAGAAAACCACCACCAGAUUACAUGAUGGAUUUAUACAAUAGUAUAACAGACAGUGGGGGAUUAAUGAAAAGGGAAAGUCCCUACAAGGCGGACGUAAUCCGGAGCUUUCCUGACAGACAGUGGAAUCAGUCGAUGCACUUCUACUAUAAUAUAUCAUAUCUUUCGGAGAGGGAGAAAAUUUUAGCCGCAGAAUUCCAUGUAUUCAAAAUGCGGCCAGCGCCUCCAACAUCCAAAGAAACCAAACCACCUUAUGUCAUUGAGAUAAAGAUUUAUCAAGUGCUAGACCCUGUCAAAUUAUAUUCAAUAGAUGGAUUAAAACUUUUGGAUGCCAGGAGAAUAAGUGCACUAGCGCAUGGUUGGUAUGUGUUCAACGUUAAGAAAGCAGUGGAGGCCUGGGUUAAUGGCACCGCAGAGAACCACGGUCUACUUGUUUCAACAACUUCCGUGAUUGGUCGUGAAGUUAAUGGUAGUUACGUCAGAUUUGCACAACGUCAUCAGCAUCACGAUAGCAAACAACCAAUUCUGGUUGUUUACACCGAUGAUGGGAUGUCUCGUCACCCCAACUACAUCUCUCCAAAUGAUGAAGAUUAUUUGCAAAUUAAAAAGGACAUAAUGAAAAAGGAAAGAACAAGGCUAAGGAAUUUCAAACAAGUGGUAAGACUGUUAAACGAGAAAGAAAGAGAUGAAUAUUACAAUGAACAUCUUCAAAAACUUUUGGGAAAUACCACAUUAGUAAGAAAAAGAAGAAACGCAGAUGAACAAUUAAGCAAGCGUUCUAAUUACAGUAAAAUAGUGAAACAAACUCGCAAAAAACGAAGGCGUUUAUCAAAAGAGGAACGUCAGAAACGCAGAGAGGAGAGAAAAAGACGGAAGAAGAAUAGAAAGGGGAUGAAGGGAAAGGGGAAGCGGGCUUUGGACUUCCGGUAUAAUCGCAAGAGACGAAGUUGUGCUAAACACGAAAUGUACGUUGAUUUUGACGAAAUUGGAUGGUCAGGGUGGAUUAUUUCCCCUAAAGGGUACAACGCUUAUCACUGUAAGGGGGCGUGUCCUUUUCCUUUGGGUCAAAGUCAGAAACCCACAAAUCAUGCCACAGUCCAAAGCAUUGUACAUGCUCUGAAAGUAGGAAAAGAUGUCUCUACUCCAUGUUGUGUACCAAACAAACUGUACUCAAUAAGUCUUCUUUAUUUCGAUGACGAUGAAAAUGUUAUCCUCAAGCAAUAUGACGACAUGGUUGCAGCAAGUUGUGGAUGUCACUAAAUGUUACAUCAGAAUUAUAGAAAUCCUACCAAAAGCUGCAGAUAUGUCACUAAAUGAACGAGUUGCAUCAGAAUUAUAGACAUCCUACCAAAAGCUGCAGAUCUGGCUAGCAACUACAAUGUCAUUUUGGGUCGUUCCAAAAUACGCAAAGAAGCAACCUGGAAUUUGAGAAAAAUGACGAAAACUGAUGACGAGAUUAAAUAUUGUGAUAGCAAUUUAUUGGUCUCUAUUUAAAAAGAUGUGUGUGAAAAUUGUUUAUAAUUGAUUUUAUGGUGAAAAAUUCCAACAGCUUUUUAAGAGAAAACUGGUCGUCGACGUUUGAUGAGAACAUAAAAUCAAUGGUGUAUUAAAUUCAUACGGUGUAAAGUAGCUUACUGUGAAGAGAAUCUCCCAAGUGAUAAAAUGGAUAUUGACUGUCACCGUGUCUGAGGUGGGAGUGAUAAAAUGGAUAUUGACUGUCGUCUGAGGUGGAAGUGAACACUGCAAUCGCUAAUGCAACUAUUUUCUUACCUUACUAAACUUGAUGAGAUUAAACGAAGGCUCUCUGAAUAUAUAUAUAUAUAUGAAUGAGUGUGUGUUUGUGUAUGCGUGUCUGUGUGAGUGAGGGGAAGAGUUGCAUAGUUUUAACAGAGAGAGAAAAAGAGGAAUGCAUAUUGAUCGUUAAGGCAACCUUUGUAUGAAGAAUAUGGGGUAUCAUAUAUAAACAUGUCUAUUUCGUCAAUCUUUUUUUUUUUUUUUAAUCAAUUUACUAUAGGGCAUUCGAAAAUACUUUUCUUGCUGUUAUAUAUUUUUAUACACUUCCUACAUGUAUAUAUACGAUAACAAAGAUGGGAAUAUUUUAAAUAACUAUUCAUGAGAUGUCUAUGGAAGCGCAAUUUUCGAAGGCCAACCUAAAGAUAAAAUUUAAUUCUGCAUAAUAAUAUACGUGCAUACAUUCCCAAUUCCUUGACAUUAAAAUCAAAUUGAUAAAUUCGAUAUUUGUCCGAGGACCACGUGUUCAUAAAGUGAGGUAUUUUAAUGUCACAUGAUUAAUUCAUUAGAGAUAGACUUGAAUGAGGUUUUCAUGUUGUUCAAAGAUAUGUUUAUUGUCUUGUUUUGUUGUUUUUUUUGGUUUUUUUUUUUUUUUUUUGCUUAUAGUAAACAAUUAUUUUUGUUGCUGAAUAUUUUGUCUGUGUUUGCGACAUAAAGACGGUUGUCUGUGUUAUGAAAAUUAAAAAUGUGUUUUCAUGAUUGAAAAAAAUGUUCAAAGACGUAUUUUGCAUUUCAGUGUUUGAAUUAAUUGUAUGUCAAAUCCAGAAAAUGUUGUUAUUAUUGUAUAUAAAUAAAGAGAUAAAGCUGCU